UAAGCGCUGACAUUGAGUAGGCAGCGCACAGUCGUUCUUUGAGUUUUGUCAAGUGAAGAUAGAAAUCUAGAAAUCUCCCAUAAGUCGCUAUGAAGUUUUUUGGUGUUGUUGCUUUGUUAUUGGUGGUGGUAUUAGCUGCCUUGCUGGACAGCGCAGCGGCCGCCGAUUGUGAGCUUAGCGGUGAAAAGGCGAAUAAGCACGAAAAGUUCCAAAUAAGAGGCGAAUGCGCCCAGUAUACCUGCGAUGGACCCGGCGAAAUCUCUGCCAUAACCUGUCCGUCCAUUGCCGCACCAGCUAGCUGCAAGCACACGCCGCAGGACAACUCCAAGCCUUUUCCCAUGUGCUGUGAAUCCUACGAUUGUUAAUGGCGCCCGCGUAGUCGAAAUCGUUUUUGUGUUUUUUUGUAAUGGCAAUAAAAGAGAGGACAACAUUUUGAAAUGCCCACAAAUUUUAUGCAAAA